GAACGCGCCCCCCCCAGGUGCGCCGGGCGGGAGCAGCAGGUGACGCCGCCGCCAGGUGACGCCGCUCCGCCUCGCAUUCAGGCGGCGACGCGGAACAAUAGGAGGCAUUUUUCACCAGUGAGUAGUUCGCUCACGCGUUUCGCCGACGCGUUUUGCCCUUUGUUUCCCUAAGCGCGUGCGUGGAGACCUGCUGGUUGGGACCGGCCCACCUUGGAUGCGCCCGGUGCUUUAUAUGCGGGCCUUUGGCGGGUCCCGCGCGGACACCGACGGGCCGUGAUGGAGUGGCGCGAGCAGUCCGCCGUCACCUGCGACGAAGCCUACGUGGAGGCGCAGAGAUGGAUUGAGGCAGUAACCAAGAAAAGAUUCUGGAGCGACGACUUCCGAUCCGCGCUGGAGAACGGCGUUCUGCUGUGCGAUCUGAUCAACAAGAUCAAGCCGGGUCUUAUCAGGAGGGUUAACCGGCUGCCCACACCCAUCGCUGGCCUGGACAACCUCAACGUCUUCCUCAAAGCCUGCCGGAAGCUGGGACUAAAGGAGGCGCAGCUCUUCCACCCCGGAGAUCUCCAGGACUUAUCCACGAGGGUCACAGUCAAGCAUCAAGAGACCGACAGGAGGCUGAAAAAUGUGCUGAUCACCAUUUACUGGCUUGGUAGAAGAUCUCAGUGUGACGGUUUCUAUGACGGGUCCCAGCUGAAUUUGAAGGCGUUCGAGGGCUUACUGGGCACUGCACUAUACAAGGCUCUGCAGGAAUCGUCCGGUCCAAAAAGCGUCAGCGUCAGAGACAGCGGUUUUGGAGACAGCUGGUGCGCAGAGCGAGAGGAGCCCUUCCAGCUGAGAGAGGAGGGAGGAGGGGCAGGAGGUCACUGGAGAGACGACUCCCGGGACAGCUUGGACUCCUUGGGCUCCGGAACCCAGAGCAUCUCCUCUGACAUCACUCUCAAAGGCAGCAGCGAGGGUUGUUUCAGCGACACCGAGGCCGACUCCUUCCUCGGCAUGGCCGACAACAAGAGCGCUCUCAGCUACCGCCGGUCAGUAACCCUCACGCCAAAGGCCAGCUCCCAGUUUAACCAGUUCCUGCCCACCAAAGACAAAGCCUCGGCCUACGUGCCCGCUCCACUGAGGAAGAAACGGGCUGAGCGCAAUGAGGACAACCGCCGCAGCUGGGCCAACCCCACCUACGCCGAGGACGGAGCCACGCUCACCAGACAGCAGCAAGUGCAAGAGAGUUUCGACGGGAGUAAAUCAACGAGCGACAUCCAGGUGGAGUCCAGCAUCGCCCGGCAGGCCCGCUACGAGGAGCUGCAGAAGUACCGCGAGCAGAUAAAGGAAACUGAGGAUAAGUGGCAGGAUGACCUGAGCAAGUGGAAGAACCGGCGCAGGAGUGUCAACUCUGAUAUAGUGAAGAAGAAAGAAGAGAGGGAGAAGAUAGAGGAGAGCACGACCGGCAGCAGAAGGUCCAAGACCUUCAAGGAGAUGCAAGAGGAGAGGGAAAAUAAAAGAAACAACAGCGUUGGCGGUCGCAUUGGAUCUCUGUCUUACCUGGACGACGAGGACGUAUUUGACACGCCGGUGGCUUCCCCUCGUCCCCGGACCCUCCCCGCCAGGAGCUACACCAUUGACACUCCCUACUAUUCUUCCGAGUCCCCCGAGCCUCCUCUGAGAGAGGACCAACCCCCAGCUGCUGGCAGGGCCGCUCCCCCUCCCGCCGCAGUCGAGGCUCUGGACAGUCCUGCCGGCAGCGCCGCCACUACCGCCACCGCCCCCAUCGCCCCCAGCAGCCCCGGCCUCCCCCGCAGGUCCCGGCCUCCGGCGGCACCGGCGAGUUCUCAUCGCCCAGUCUCAGAGCGCAGCGGCCCGGUCGAGGCGGCGGCGGCGGUGGCCGCCGUCUCGUCUUCAAGCGCCCUGAAAAGGUCGCCCGAGCCGAGGCUCCCGCUGUCGGGCCCACAGACGGAGGCGGUGGCCCCCUCCUCUGCUCCCCUGUACCAGCAACCAGCACAGCCCAGCUCAAUGGACGCCAAGCCUCCCGGGGUGUCUCGGGUUCCCGCCUCCCUCCCCAGGAGCUACCAGAGAGCAGAUAGCGCUCGUCUGACCUCGGUUGUCGCGCCGCGGCCCUUCGGGACCCAGUCGUCACGCCUCAGCUCUAUUCCCCGGGCCUUUGCAGUGGAUGACCCGCAAAAGCGCGUCAACGGCGACGCGGCUUCCAAGAAGACAUCGGUGCCGAGCCGCUAUCACCAGUACAUGACCUCGGAGGAUCAGUCUCAGUCCAGCUCGGCCCACAGCACCGAGGGAGAGGAAGAGGAGGUGGAGGACGAGGACAAGACGGAGAGCGUCCCCUCCACUCAGAGCGUCUCCCCCGUGCCGGCCGAAGCCCCGGACGGUCCUUCUCCAGCCAAAGAGAGCAGCCAGGAGGACUUCCGCGAGAAGCGGAUCAGCCUGAACCAGAAGCCCAACAGCAGCAGAGACUUUGGCUUCCAGGCGGCCUGGGACUCGACGGGAGCUCGCGUCUCGUCCAUCCAGCCAGGAAGCCCGGCAGAAAUGUGCCAGCUUCAGGUCGGGGACGAGGUGCUGACGGUGAACGGGCACCAGGUGGCACAAAUGAGCUACAUGGACUGGAAGUCCUGCAUGGAGGAGGCCCUGCAGGAGGGCAGUCUGAUUAUGGAUAUACGCCAUUACGGCAGGAACAACUGGGACAGAGACCAACCUCCCAUGCCAUUUAAAAGCCAUAAGACCAUCAAUCUGACCCGUAUGGAUCAUCCGAUGCUUCUAGGUUCCCCCGAGCCCAACCCCCCCAUCGCCAGCCUGGAUUUCACCUCACGCGCCUCCGUGGAGAAGCUGCCUCCCACAGAGGCCCCCGCCCAGCCAGCCCCCGACGUAGCUUCAAACGGCGUAAAUGGAGGUUUGCGUGAGCAGGCGGUGACCAUGAGGAGCAAAGACUCAGAACCCUUAUCUUUGAAAAACUUAAAACGGAGGUCAGAGUUUUUUGAAAAAGGUGUCUCGGGGUCCCAUGUCAGUGCGCUGGUCUACCUCUGUGGUGAACAGGGAGGAUCCGAGUCUGCAAUGCCAGAUAUUCCCGUCCCUGCGAUCACGUCAACCUCCGGCCGCUGGACUUUCGACCCAGAAGAGGAGCGCAAAAGACAAGAGAAAUGGCAGAAGGAGCAGGAGCGCCUUCUACAGGAGAAAUAUAAACGCGACCAGGAGAAGUUACAGGAGGAGUGGCUGAAGGAUCAGGAGGAGGUUGCCAGGAGUCUGGACCAACAACAGCCAGAGAGCUUGGAGGUGAGCGGGCGUGGCAUCGGCCCAACGUCCCCCCUCUCUCCUGUCGGCCAGCCCACCACUCCUACGUGGGAGGAGCAGGAGAGAAAGCGGAAGGAGGAGCAGGAGAGAAAGCGGAAGGAGGAGCAGGAGAGAAAGCGGAAGGAGGAGCAGGAGCGCCAAAGGCAGGCGGAGGAGAGGAGGAAGAGGGAUGAGGAGGAGCUCCAGCUGCGGCGGCUGCAGGAGGAGAGGGAGAGGAAGGACAGGGAGGAGGAGGAGAGGAAGAGGAGGGAGGCGGAGGAGGAGGAGCUGAGGUGGCAGAAGAGGAGGGAGGAGGAGAGGAGACGGCAUGAAGCUUUGGAGCAGCAGCGCAGGGAGCGUGAGCGAGCCGUGGUGGAGCAGCAGCAGCAGCAGCAGUGGACAAAAUCUAAAUCCUCCCCCCAGCUUGAUGCAGAGGAAAACCCUCAGAAAAAAGUGGCGGGCAGCGGGCUGGGAGAGAGGAAGGGUCAGCUGUCGGCCUCGCAGGCAGAGCUGGAGCGCCAGCAGAUCCUGAACGAGAUGAAGAAGAAGACCCCGCUGCUAAGGGACAAAAGCUGGAUCCGCCAGUGCGCCCCCACCACCAACGAGUCCAACGUGCCGCCCAUGCGCAGAGGUGAGUCCCUCGACAACUUGGACGCCUCCUACAACUCGUGGCGCUCGUCCUGGACGCCCAGAAGCAACUCUCACGGCCAAAGCCACGCUCGGCCUAACUCGGCGCUCUCCGGCAGCACUUCCCUUUACGGCUGGGGGGCGUCGGGGGCCCAGCGGCCCGGCUCCUCCACCCUGACGUCCGCCUCCUCCAUGGGCUCCCUGCGCGCCGGGGCGGGAACCCCCACUGCCCCAUGGUCCCGGCAGUCAGCGUCCCCCUCCCCAGAGCCGGAGGCAGGCCCCCACCAGCAACACAACAGGUCAGUGAGUGGCAGGAAAAUCUGUACGUUCUGUGACACCCCGCUGGGAAAGGGAGCGGCCAUGAUCAUCGAGUCCCUCGGGCUCUGUUAUCAUUUGGGCUGCUUUAAGUGCAUCGACUGCAAGUGUGACCUCGGAGGGUCGGCAGCCGGCGCCGAGGUCAGAAUACGAAACAAGCAGCUCUACUGUAACACCUGCUACAUGCGAUUCAAAGCUGGCCAGCCAACCACUAUGUGACGUGACUGUACUCCAGCAGAUAGACGAGGAGACCACCUGUGACAACAACCCCUGAGCGCUCCGCGUGCACCGAAGCCACGGCGGGUCGCCGGGCUCACCGCGUUCACACACACUUUCCAUUUAUGGCUGCAGGAAUCUAGCUGAUGAAAAUGAUAAUGCGUUUUAUUUUUUAUUUUCCGUGUGCGAUUGAGAGGGUUAGCUUGCAAAGACGUUAUCUGCUUUAACAUGUUUAUAUCUGAAUAAGUAUUAACGUUGUACAAAAUGUAAGGGUUCUGCAUGCAUCCGCAGGUUUUUAACUCUUUUAGCCACAAAAAUUAGUCAAAUGGUGAAAUUGUUGAUACGAUUAUCGAAGCAGAUCUUUGUAAUGACGUCCGAGGUGACCAAUUUUAAAGAUCUGAAGAGAUAUUUUGCUCCUGCUUCUACUUUUCCGUCGAGUCUUGUGGUAAUAACAAUGUAUUCUCAUCGCGUCUAUGUGCCUUUUCAUUGGUGGGAUUAGCAAUUAAGAUUAUUAGGAGCCUUUCAGCAUAUCUAAAGGUGUCUGCUUGGAUAGCACUUGUCUGGUGUUUUCACUGAUGGAUGGAGGAAUUGUACACACAGGGUUCCGUGUGAACAAUAUAUCGCACUAAAUGGCAUUGAGGCAAACAGUAACAUUUGUAAAUAAAAUGACUAAACUCUCA